AUUUUCGAUUGAAAACGUUUUUUUCUAUUAAAUUCUUAUUGAGGCUAUUUAACUUUAAAUUAGGACGUUUCAAAGCGAUUUUACAACAAUUUUGGAAUAUUUGAAACAUUUUUAAUCAUAUAACCUCACUUUUUAUAUUUGACAGUUGUGCAAUUAAUAUAACCUAGAAAUCGAAUGUACACAUGUUUAAAUGAGAAAAAAUGCUUUUUUAACUUCUAAAACACAUUUUUUUAAACAAAAAAGUGAAUUAUUAGUUUAUUUAAACAAAAUACUUUAAUUUAAAUCGAAUCUAUUAUCAAUUUCGCAAUUAUUGUAAUUAAAAACAUAACCUCAAAUAUGCCUUUGUGUAGUGCAAAAUGUGGUAAAAAUGCAAUAUUAAAGCGCCCAAAAACUGGUGAUAAUUUAUGUAAGGAAUGUUUUUUUGAAAUUUUUGAAAAUGAAAUUCAUUUUACAAUAUCUCGUUCAAAAAUAUUUAAACCAGGCUCAACGGUGGCUAUUGGAGCUUCUGGUGGUAAAGACUCAACCGUUUUAGCUUACGUUUUAAAACUAUUAAACAAAAAAUACGAUUACGGAUUAAAUUUGGUUCUUUUAUCGAUUGAUGAAGGUAUAACGGGGUAUCGAGAUGAUAGUUUAAAAACCGUUGAAAAAAACAAGGAGGAUUACGAGAUGCCUUUGAAGAUAAUGUCAUAUAAAGAUUUAUAUGGCUGGACGAUGGAUGAAAUUGUUGAAAAAAUUGGUCGUAAAAAUAAUUGUACAUUUUGUGGCGUUUUCCGUCGACAAGCUUUAGAUCGUGGGGCUCAAAUAUUAAAUGCAAAUUAUUUAGUGACUGGUCAUAACGCUGACGAUGUGGCUGAAACGGUUUUAAUGAAUAUUUUAAGAGGAGAUUUAGCACGAUUAAAACGUUGCACCUCAAUUGUAACGGAUUCUUCUGGUGGUGAUAAUAUUCCAAGAGUAAAACCUUUAAUUUAUAGUUACGAAAAAGAAAUAGUAAUGUACGCGUAUUUUAAAAAACUGGUUUACUUUUCAACCGAAUGCGUUUUCGCGCCAAACGCUUAUAGAGGCCACGCUAGGGUUUUGUUAAAAGAUCUCGAAAAAAUCGAUCCCGCAAUUAUUAUGAAUAUCAUCCAGUCAGGACAAACAUUAAAAAUUGAUGAGGAGAGAAAAUUACCAACGUUGACAAGAUGCGAAAGAUGUAAUUAUGUUUCAUCUCAACCCCUGUGUAAAGCUUGCGUUUUAUUGGAAGGAUUAAAUAAGGGGUUGCCAAGGUUGGGAAUAGGAAAAUCAAGUCGUGUUAAUCGACAUAUUCAAAUGAAUUUGAAAGAUAAUAAAAAUUUUAAAGGAAAUUGUUAUAAUGGUUGUAGUGAAAAUUGUAAUAAUACAGAUAAAAAUAAAUAA